AUGAGUGCAACCCCCAUUCUCCUGAACAGAAAACUGGAGCUGGGAGAUGGCAAAUCAUUUGCUGGGUGCAAGCCAAACGUGGCUGCAGACGAGGGGCAGCCCCCAGCCCUGCCUCGGCAGAAGCCACACCUCCAAAGCCAGGAGAGGCUGAAGUACCCCCCUAAUAUCCAGGUGUGCCGAGCAGAAGCCAUCCUGGAGCAGGCUGUGGAUAACUUUGAAGGUACCCUCCCCCUCGGCUUGCAGAACCAACCGGCGCCGUGGACUUCUGUGGUCCCUAGUCCGCACGACCGCCAGCCCUGGACUGACAAACACCCAGAUACCUUGACCUGCGGCCUCUGCCUGCAGACCUUCCCGCUGAAGGCCAUCACGGCUUUCAUGGACCACAAGAAGCAGGGCUGUCAGCCCUCGAGAGGCCCCAGCCCUUGCCCGGACUCAGAACUUGAGGACCUGAAGGCUUUGACUUGCCUCCGCUGUGGCCGACAAUUCACUAAGGCCUGGAAACUGCUGCGCCAUGCCCAGUGGGACCAUGGACUGUCCAUCUACCAGACGGAAUCCGAGGCCCCAGAGACCCCGCUGCUGGGCCUGGCGGAGGUGGCUGCAGCCAUGUCAGCCGUGGUGGGGCAGGAAGUGGAGGCCAAGGGCUCCCAGGCCAACAGCCUCCCCCGGCGGAGCCCCACCUGCGCUGUGUGCAUGAAGACCCUCAGCUCCUUCAGCAACCUCAAGGUGCACAUGCGCUCGCACACGGGCGAGCGGCCCUACGCCUGCGACCAGUGUCCUUACGCCUGUGCCCAGAGCAGCAAGCUCAACCGCCACAAGAAGACCCACCGGCAGCUGCAGCCUCAGAGCGCCGACACGGCACAGAUGCAGCCAGGCUUCCCACACAGGUAA